AUGGUAUUUAUUUGUUAUUCAUCAAUGACCUUUCCACAUCAACAGUAUUUAUCAUAUGUUAAGGUCAUGGGGUCUUAUGUGCAGAUUUUUUUUAAUGCCUCUAAAAUUCUGUUUUAUAGAUUAACCUAUAUCGUGUGCCAAGUGUUUAAAAGGGUUUAUUUGCCAACAAGUAUGAAGAGACAUAUUGAUGUAUCUGAGCUGCUUAGGUUUAUCAAAGGUCACCUGGAUAUCUUCAGUUGCAUCAUCCCUGUAUUUAAAUUGAGCUUUAAUAAAUUGCUUCAGUCCAAAAAUUACAGGAAAGGUGUAUUCUUAAUUGAUGAAUGA